AUGAACACAACCCAGUUGGACAACGAGACCUUGCAGAUGCUGAGCAGCGGUGCCUUGAGGGUCUGGCUCCCAGUCGUGUACUCCAUGGUGGUCUUGAUCAGCCUUCCGUGCAACGGGGUGUCCUUCUGGCUCCUGUGCUUCCACACUCGGCCCAAGACCCCGCUGACCAUCUUCUUGAUCAACCUGACCCUGGCCGACCUGCUGCUGGCCUUUUUCCUCCCCUUCCAGAUCGCCUACCACGUCAACCACAACCACUGGGUCUUCGGGAAGGGGCUGUGCACUUUUGUGACCACCGUCUUCUAUGCCAACAUGUACUGCUCCAUCCUGACCAUGACCUGCAUCAGCGUUGAGCGGUACGUGGGGGUGCUGUAUCCAAUAAGGUACGCUGCCUGGAGGGACAAUAGGUAUGCGGUGGCAAUUUGUGUGGUAAUGUGGGCUAUAACCUUGAUCAUACUCCUCCCCCUGGAGUAUAGCGACUUGACAUUCCGGGUCGAGGAACUCGGGAUUACCACUUGCUUUGACGUUCUCAAGAGAAGCGUGUUUUCCGACAAGGGUUCCUGGGGCAUCUUCAUCUUCAGCAUCAUCACUUUCCUUUUCUUCAUCCCUUUCACCAUUACCGUGCUUUGCUACACACGCCUGAUCGUCAGGCUGUGCCGAAGAGAGCCCAAGGCCAGGGGUUCGGGGCAGAAGGGCCGAGCAGUCUGCCUGGCCACCCUGGUGGUCCUAGUCUUUGUGGUGUGUUUUACCCCCAGCAACAUCACCCUCCUCUUCCACAUCAUCCUGAGGUUGCUGUACGGCCGAGGCUGCUACGAGGCCUACAAGGUCACCCUGUCCCUCAGCUGCCUCAACAGCUGCCUAGAUCCGUUCAUCUUCUGCUUCGCCUCCAAGCAGUUCAGCAGUCACCUGCGGCAGCUGUUGGGUGGCUGGCGAUCUCGUGGUCCCAGAGACUCAAUUGAGCUCCAAGGCCUGGGGAAUUUUGCUGCCGGGAAGAUACGUUGAGCCUGACUGGACUCUGCAGAUCAGAGAAUCCUACAGCACAGAAGGAGGCCAUUCAGCCCAUGGU